CAGUUCAUCAGUUUAUACCCUCAGAGCUGCUCCUGUUCUUUUCUCUGGAUGUAGACGAUCAUCACUUAAUGAGGGAGCACUGAUGAUGUCACUCAGAUUGACUCCUCCCCUUCCUCUGCUGUUUCUGAUCAUGAUUUCAAGAGUUGUCUCCCAGUCAGAGUGGAGUGUAACUUAUACACCGAGCUCCAUCUGUGCUGUAAAGGGAUCUACAGUGACCAUGGGCUGCACAUACACAUAUCCAUCUGGUUACACAGUUCAGAGAGCUUUCUGGAGCAGAGAGAUAGUUACAGAUAAAGAGCCUCCUGAUCUGCUUUCAGACCCAAACUACAGAGACAGGGUUCAGUACUUCAGAGACAACCUGAAUAACUGCCGUCUCAGACUGAGUGAUGUGAGAGAACAGGACCGAGGAAAAUACUACUUCAGAUUUCUAACAAACCCUGAAGAAAAGUAUCAGGGUCCAGAUGGAGUUGAACUUUUUGUCACAGUCACAGAGUUUCAGGUGGAGAUGUUUCCUGAUACAGUUGUUGAAGGAGAUGAAGUUACUCUCACAUGUAAAACCACCUGCAGUCUGACUGAGACUCCAACAUUCACCUGGUACAAAGAUGGACAUUAUUUCUCCUCCUCGAACCCGCUCCGUCUGCCAUCAGUCAGUCAGAGGGAUGCAGGCAGAUACAGCUGUUCUGUACAGGGACAAAGUUAUCUCUCCGCUGCUGUCACUCUUAAUGUACAAUAUCCUCCAAAGAGUGUCUCAGUGUCCAUCAGUCCCUCUGGUGUGAUAGUGGAGGGCAGUUCAGUGACUCUGACCUGCAGCAGUGAUGCUAACCCACCUGUACAGAACUACACCUGGUAUAAGGUGAAUGAAAGCUCACCUGUAGGAUCUGGACAGAGUUACAGCUUCACCUUGACCUCCAGCAGCAGUGGAGGGUUUUACUGUGUGGUUCAGAAUAGAUACGGGAGACAGAGAUCUCCUGCAGGGCCUCUCACUUUAAAUUCUAUUACAGGGAGGAGUGUAGUACUGUAUGUAGUUCUUGGAGUCAUUGUGGGAUGUGGAUGUUUACUUGCCAUCGUUGGUGUUUUAUGUAUAAGGAGAAAGAGAACAGGAAGGUCAGGUGAUAAUGCAGAGUCUCGUCAGAACGUUUCCUGCAGUCCUACUGAUGACACAUACACAGCUCUUGAUCUUCAGACCAGGUCCAGUGACGUGUACGACACGCUUACAACGGUUCACCCGAAUCUUCCUGAUUCUCAGUCCAUCUCUCAUGAUUACGAAAAUAAUCCAGUGAGCGCUUCCAUUUGUUCAUCACUGAAUAUAGUACCAGGAAGCUGUAAAGCCUAAAAUAUUUUAUUUAAAGCUGUUAAAGCCACAUUGAUUUAAUGUUAGUAGGAUAUCACAUGAUAUUUCCUACAUCAUACUAGAGAGAGAGAGAGAGAAAGAGAGAGAGAGAAAGAGAGAGAGAGAGAGAGAGAGAGAGAGAGAGAGAGAGAGAGAGAGAGAAAGAAUGAUUCAGUUUUUUUAGCUGUGGAUUUUAGCUUUAUGUAUUUUGAAUAAAUUUUGUAUAUAUAGAAUUUUUCAUUUCAUAUAUUUCUCUUCACUACUUUCUGUACUAAAUACAAUUGCAUUUAUAGAUUAUUUCAUUUAUUUUUAUUUAUAUUCCAUUUAUAUUUAUUUUUCUUGUUAUCUAAAACAGUC